ACGCCCUGUAUAUAAAUGGGGGGAGAGCGGGGAAUUGAGACUUCCGCUUGUGUGAGGGUCUGUGGGCUGCAGCGGGGAGAGAACGGGGCCCUAUUGAACGCAGCUGCCGUGCUGUGGGACGGCCCUACCGCUGCCCUGGAGGGAAAGGAAGGGGCCAAGGGACGGGGGGCCAGCGCUGCGUACCCCCUGCAUGUCCUGGUUUGGAAUAAUGAUUACCAGCGGUUGGAUGAAGAGCUGCAAGAACAGGAUGUUGAACAACGUGAUCCCCGGGGCCGGACCUUGCUGCAUCUUGCUGUUUCCUUGGGUUACGUAGAAUCUGCCAAAGUCCUUCUUCAGCACAAGGCAGAUGUUACUAAAGAGAAUGCACAGGGAUGGACAGUUUUACAUGAGGCUAUCAGCACAGGAGAUCCAGAGAUGGUCCAUAUGAUUAUGCAGCACCGGGACUAUCAACAGGCCUCCAGGACGCUUGGAGGAGUCCCUGAAUUACUCCAGAAGAUUAAUGAGACUCCUGACUUUUAUGUGGAAAUGAAAUGGGAGUUCACUAGCUGGGUUCCACUGCUUUCUAGAGUUUGUCCAAGUGAUGUCUGUCGCAUCUGGAAAAGUGGUGCCAAAUUGAGAGUUGAUAUCACCUUGCUGGGGUUUGAAAACAUGAGCUGGGAGAGGGGAAGACGCAGCCUGAUCUUCAAAGGACAAGAUGGUGAAGGUUGGGCAGAGCUAAUUGAGAUUAACCAUGAUGAUAAGUUUGUUUCCACGGAACGUUUUGAGAUUUCCCAACACAUGAAACAUUUGACGCUGGGAUCUAUGACACCACAAAGAGGAGAAGUGGAAAGACGCCUUACAACUCCAAUAAUCAACACGUGCCUUGAUACAAGACAUAUUGCUUUUGAAAGAAGCACAUCUGGGUUCUGGGUUUGGAGGACUGAAAAAGCAGAAGUUGUAAAUGGUUAUGAAGCAAAGGUGUACACAGCAAAUAAUCUAAAUAUAGUCACAAAAAUCAGAACGGAGCACUUAACAGAAGAGGAAAAGAAAAGAUACAAAGCUGACAGGAGCCCCUUGGAAACAUUUCUGGGAAGAGUGGAGCAUGAGUACAAUGCUCAGAGUGUAGUGAAGACAACAGAGUAUUCCACAUGUUACAAUCCCACUGCUAUUACUCCAGAGGAGUACUUCGAUCCAGAGUUUGAUUUGAAAGGCAGAGAUAUAGGAAGACCCAAAGAAAUCACCGUUCGAACGCAGAAAUUUAAAGCGACAUUGUGGAUGAGUGAAGAGUUUCCCUUGUCCCUUAUGGAGCAAGUCACCCCAAUCAUUGAUCUGGUGGCCAGAACUAGUGCUCAUUUUGCCAGACUAAGGGAUUUCAUCACUCUGGAAUUUCCACCAGGAUUCCCUAUCAAAAUUGAAAUUCCCUUAUUUCACGUGCUGAAUGCUCGAAUUACAUUUGAAAACAUCAACAGCUGCAGGACAGCUGAGAGAACAGUUGGAAGUGCACAGGGGGAUUCAGGUGCUAAUUUUGAGGUUGACCAGUCGGUGUUUGAGAUCCCCAAAUCAUACCAUGUCCAAGAUGAUGGUAGGAACAUACACGUUCAUGAUGAAGAUAAUGAGAUUAUGCAGUUUGCUAUUCAACAGAGUCUGUUGGAAUCCAGUGGAAAUAAAGAAGUGGGGGCACAUUCCAAUGGAGCAGUUGCGUAUUCACAGGACUUCAAUAUCCUGUAUCAGAGGGCACUGCAGGAGAGCUUCCUGUCGAGCACAGGUCAUUCAGAACGCAGCAGCCCUAGCGAGCCUUCUAGUUUUGAGAAAGACUUACAGCUUGCCAUGGAGCUCUCUGUCCGAGAGCAGGAGGAGCGAGAGAGGCAGCGCCGUGAGGAGGAAGAUGCAGAGCUGCAGCAAGUUCUACGGCUUUCUCUUGUGGAAAAAUAACUCCUUGAAAGAAGGAUGACCAAAUCUGUGCAAAGCUGAAGGCUUUCCGAGCUCUCAGGCUGAAGACCACUCCUGGAUUGCUUAAGUAAGCAUUUCACCUGCCUUCUUCAUGGUCACUGUAAUAUCAGCUACAGCAGCUGAUGGUUUUAACUUGGUUUAUCUUUUUCUUUUUGAGGGAGAUUCAGUCACUGGGCAUUCUGUGUUUGGCUGCCCAGCUGUGCAGCCUUAGCCAUGAUGUAUUCUUUUACCUGACUGUGUUUAUUGAAGAGCAGGUGGAAGGCUUGCUUAGCACCAGGGUUUAGGGUUGUGCUGAAGCUUAAAAACCUGAUUUGUGAGGAUUUCAGAAGGGAAACCUCUUCAUUACUUACCAAAGAAAUACUCAUCACCGUAGUCACUUGGGAAUAAUUCAAAGCCAAUAUCUCUGUUCCUUCCAGUUCUUACGUGGAAGGCAUCUAUAUGCAUUUACAUACAUACAAUAGUUGUCAUGCUGACAGAUGCUCUCUGUUAGUUUUGUUUAGACGUGAUUCUUUCUUCUCCAGUCACUGAGACUUUUCUUUUGCUUACAAGGGAUCAUUUUAUACUUGAACAGCUAAUCCAAGCAUGAGGUUAAAGUAGCGCUUCCUGAAAUCAGACAAACCAAACAGCCAGUAUGAUUUUUAGCUCCUCAAGUGGGGACCAUCCUCCUCAAGUAGCACUUUCUGCAGUGAUUCAACACCAGCUCAUUCCCAUGGCCGGAAGGCAGCAAGGAGAUAAGCGGUGGGUAGAGGUGCUUCUUGAGAUCACUGUGUGUGCAUGUGUGGGUGCUGCUGAAUUCAAACAGGAGAAAAGCCAGGUGAGAUUUUAGUGUAUACUUAUAUUGGAAGGUCAGUUUUAAUUCUGUCAUCCACAAGGGAAAAGGUGUGCUGCUUUUUAAAGCUCAGAUGCUUAUCCUUUGCGUGAAUACAUCUAUUUUUUUAUCUCUUUUUAUUGACUUUUAAACCAAACCAAGAUGACUGCCCUCCUCAAAAUGAUGUCGUAACAGUUCAGAAAUAGGGUUUUAACUGCUCUCCUCAGGUCUUUCCUCCUAUGAUAGAGUUGUGGCUGUUCUACUUGCACUUCUGUCAGUGUUUACGGUGCGCUCAACUCUCAAGUGCACUCCAUGUACACGGCGAUGUACACCCACAGGAAGGCCUUACAGCAGCCAAACAUCAGCAAUAUUGCUCAGUCCCUGCUCACGGUGCUGUGAGAACCUAUGAUACGUACGCUGUCGUCUUGCUGCCUAACCCUGCCCUUCUCCUUGAUCAAAGCAGGGCAGCUGCGUGCAACUGUUAACCCCUUUAAAAUCAUCAUGACUCAACCAGAGAGAUGGUUGGUAGCUUAGAACUCCAUUUUAAACCAAUAAUCCAUAUUCCUUUCUGUAGCAGGCAAUUGCAAUUCAGUGUCUAUGUGUAUCAUGCUUAACAUUGCAGCUUGCAACCCUCCUUGGCUCCCUGGUGGCUGCAGGAUGCAACUCUUUGCAUGGGGGGCGGAGGGUUGUGUUGGAACUGCACCUUUGUAAAGAGGAUCACUGUGACUUUCUGGGUUGCAGGAAAGGGAAGAAGCCUUGCAUUGUGCUCUUAACAUUAUGUGAUAAAAGAUGAGAUUGUGUUGGGUUUGUUUGUUCCUCCAGCGGAAAUAAAGAGUGCUGAUACCUUUGUAA